CUUGUCUUUAGCUUUGAUGAGUCAAAGUGUUGACUUGAGGCUUACUCAGUCAGCUGUUUUUGACUUUAGCUUGUAACUUUUUGUUUACGGGAAACGUAAUUAUGGCUCGUUACUUUAAAGAACAAGAUAUUGACGAAUUUCGUGACUGCUUCUACCUUAACACUCAUAACAAUGGAAUGAUUGUCAACAUUGAUGAGCUUGCUUUGAUCAUGAGAUCUCUUGGAAUGAGUCCAACUAUUCCUGAGAUGCGAGUUUAUUUGAAAGAAAAGGGGGGUAAAUUGUCUUUUGCUGAUUUUCUUGAUGUAAUGCAUACUCAUUCAAAAAAGGAAAAAGUGCCGGAAGAAAUAUUGGAAGCAUUUCAAGGAUGGGAUCUCAAUAGAACAGGUCAGAUUCAUGUUCGUGAUUUGAAACACAUCCUCUGUCAAUGGGGUGAAAAACUCGGAACCCGUGAGGUCGACCACAUUCUUAGAGAAGCCAAUACAAUGGGACCUUAUGUUAAAUAUCAAGAUUUGGUUGGUGUACUCUCAGCCCCUGUCCCUGAUUAUUGAUACAAACCAUUUAUACUUUGUGAAAAUUACAAUUUGGAAAAGUUGAAUUGAUAAAUUAACAAGUGAACUGCUGAUAACAAAAAUAGCUUUUAAAAUAUUAAUACAUAAUUUGAAUGCUUUAAAACCUAAAGACAUGUAUUUAAGAUAUGUUUAGGUUGGCUAGUUUAGACAAUAUUUAUUUAACGCAAUCACAUUAAUGACUACAAACUUCUUUGGCAUAUAUUAUUCGUAUUAUAUUAUAAAAUAAUAUCCAUUUAUAUUUA